GAGACUGAAACUGGUACGGUACACUACUUUUACACAACUGAGCCGUUACAAAUUGGCAGUUGAGCUCUUCAUCGCCAUCACCAAGCCGCGGGCAGAAGCCGCGACUUCACGCCGCCCCAGCGCAAUUGAAGACACCACAGCACACAGCACCGUAGCUCUCAGCUCAGCGCAGUCCCACGUCCGUUAGGCUCGGAGCUCCAAGUCCGGCGCUUGUUGGCGUUUCCCCACUCACUCACUCACUCCUCCAUCGGGCGUUUGACUAAGACUAAGACUCGAAGGAGUCCAGGAUGGCCUGCACGAGUCCCAACCAGUGGGCGCUGGCGUCGCCCACGGCGAGCAGCAGCAGUCGCAGCAGCCGCGCGCAUCUUGCUAGUGGCGACCGGCAGGACGAGGCCGGCGACGUCGACCUGCACGAUGACGCGGACCGAGGCGACGCGCUGCUGGGCCACGUGCGACAGUUGAUCGUCGACUUGCUGCUGGCGCGCGUGCUGCUGGAGCUCGCGGCGGAGCAGGAUAACCUUCGAUUGGCGGCGAACGCGGGCAACGCGCUGCUGGAGGAGCUGAGCACUGCGCGCGAGGAGAUUGACGCUCUGCACGAUGAACUUGAAGCUGCUCAACUUGACCGCGAUCGCGCCGUGAGAGACGCGCAGCGACUACAUGAACAGAAUGCAGCGUUGGAGACAGAGCUGCAGCGCUACGACGCGCCGUACAGCUCCUGGGACUCUACGGGACAGCAGAACGCACUUAGUCAUUUACAGCAGCGACAACAACAACAGCGGCGACCGUCAAUUACCUCGCGCUCUGGAAGCUUCAGCAGAACGGACUCGUGCGAACGGUGCGCGUCUCGCGAGGUCGAGCUGACGCAGCUUGAACAGCGCGCGGAUGAGCUGCGACGUCGUUGCUUGGAGCUGGAGCUGGUGCGCGAGCGAGAACAACAGCGGCAGCGAGAGCUUUGCGAGGAGAUCACGCAGCUGCAGCAGCGCAACAACGACCACCACCUCGAGACUGCACGCGCACAGCAGGACCUGGAAUUCGUGACCUCGCAGCUUGAGCAGCAAACGCAAGAGGUCGAGCGCGUUCAAGCAGUGCGAGAUACGCUGCGCCGAACCGCCCGUCGUUUGGAAGCGGAGAACGAAGAUCUCCAGGCGCGGCUGGCAGCGCGUGAUGAACUUGUCGCGAAGCUGGAAAGCAGCAAGGCGCGCGCGGCGACACAGCUACAAGUUGCAGAGAACCGAACGGCGAGUGCCCAGGCCGAGACGCUGCGAGUCACCGAGACUCUGGAGCAGUUGCAGAAGCAACUGGAGAACGCACUUCGUCAAAGUGAUGACAUGGAGCUGUUACUGGAGGACGCCACGCGCGAAGUUGCCGCCUUGCGCCUGGAGAACAGGAUUCUACGUCGCCAAACCUCAGCGGAGGCGAGCUCUGAAGGCAGCCGGGGGCGAAGCAGGAGGCGCAGGACGAUGUGUACCGGGAGUUCCGCCAUGACUGCUGCCGAUGUGUUGGCGCUCGAUAACCGUGGACCUUACACGGCAAGCGCCAGUAGCAAAAGCGACAGCGGGAGUGACAUCGAGUCAACUACCACAACACCAUCGUCUCGACUGCCGCCAUUGGAGAUUGAGAGCAUCGACAGACCUGGUUCAACGGGAAAAUCAGCGGAAGUUUUGUCGGCGGGCGGGAAGAAGCAUCGGAAUAUGGCGCUGGAGCUGAGUUGGGUCGAUCAAGCAGCUACACCGGCUGAUGAUGCAAUAGCCACGGAGCCAUCAGUCGUCAAGCGCUCGGCGCUUUCACGUCUCAGCCAUGUUAAUGAACACUGCGCGAUUGGCGGAUCCACCGAGAUGAACAGUCCAGACGUGCGCUUGCAUGGAAUGGAAGGGGAGCGAUCAGCUCGGCGCGUUGCCGAACAUCCGCGGACUCGGGAGCUUCCCAUCGAUGAACUGAAGAAAGAAGCGGUCGAGCCGCCGCCGCAGUCGCCAUUGUACCUGGGUCUGUCUUUCAUCGCGUGCGCCACUGCAGCCACCGCCGCUGGAUUGCUUGCCCGGCGGUAA